AGCGCAGCUAGUCUCCGCUUGGAAGCCGAUACGACGAGAUGGUGACGGAUCAAAAUUUGCUACCGCUGGUACUACUGCUGCUCGGCACUUUACGAGCUGGAUUAGAUGCGGCGCAAAUCAGCUUCGGCAGUUGCAGGCCCCAGGAGGGUGACGAGACUGGCCAGUGCGUCCACAUAACCAGCUGCCCCUACUUGUCCAAUAUCCUGGAAACGACCCAGCCUACUCCAGCUCAACGGACUCUUCUCAAGAACAGUCAGUGUGGCCUCGACAACCGAAAGAAUAACCGACCUGUCCUGGAGAGGAUUCUGGUCUGCUGUCCUCAGAGCAAACGUAGCGGAAACACAGAGAUUAAAAGUACUGCGGACGAUGAGGGACCUCUGCCGGGCAAUGUUCUACCCGGAGACGACACUUGUGGGUUUUUGUUCUCGGAUCGUAUCAUUGGUGGGCAAAACACAAGUCUCUGGGAAUUCCCGUGGAUGGUAAUGCUUCAGUAUAAAAAACUUAUUUCGGAUUCUCUUAGUUUCAACUGCGGCGGAUCUUUGAUCAACUCCCGCUAUGUCUUGACCGCCGGACACUGCCUGGCCAGCCGGAAACUAGAUGAAUCCAAAUCCACGUUGCACAGCGUUCGCCUGGGGGAGUGGGAUACCCGAGUUAGUCCCGAUUGCGUGAAACUGAUGAACGGCCAGCAGGUCUGCGCGCCCAUGCACAUAGAUAUCGGAGUGGAGAAGACCAUCCUCCAUGAUAAGUAUGUGCCCAACUCGGUGGACCAAAGAAACGAUAUUGCUCUGGUGCGUCUAAAGCAGAGUGUGACGUAUACCGACUAUGUCCGACCCAUUUGCUUGCCCACAAGUGAGCAGGUGCGUAAUAAUCUUUUCACAGGCUACUCCAUGGAUGCAGCCGGAUGGGGUCUGACGGAGAACAACCAGCCCAGUCCCAUCAAGCUGAAGAUAAGUGUGGAUGUGUGGAACCUGACCAGCUGCCAGGAGAAGUACAGCAUUUUCAAGAUUCGGCUGAACGAGACCCAGAUGUGUGCCGGUGGCGAGCAUCGUGUCGACACCUGCGGGGGCGACUCCGGUGGACCACUAAUGGUGACACUCAACUCUGGACCCCGGGACAUAUUCUACGCAGCUGGUGUUACCUCUUUCGGUCCUGAAUCCUGUGGCUUUAAGGGAUGGCCGGGAGUUUAUACUCGCACCGGGCCCUACGUCGAUUGGAUACAGCAGAAAUUGGAGGCAUAAUAAAUAAAAUUGCUAAUUUAUUCACA